ACGUUCGUUUUCCUUGAUCGGUUCGUCUUGCAGUCUUGACGUCUCACAGAGUCAUAGUCUUUAAAAUCAGAAUAGUCUAUUUGCAUUCUGACUGGUAGUCUACCGGUAUUGUUUUUGGUUUGGAGGUAUAACAAUUCCAGUCGCGAUCUAAGGUAGGGAAACACUUGAAUAUCAAGAAUGGCGACAUCUUUAGGAGCUAACCGAUAUAAUCGUCAAAACUGGGAAGAAUCGGAUUUCCCGAUUCUAUGCCAGACAUGCCUUGGAGACAAUCCAUACAUCAGAAUGACUAAGGAAAAAUUUGGCAAAGAAUGUAAAAUUUGUGAUCGACCGUUCACAAUAUUCCGAUGGUGUCCGGGUGCUAGGAUGAGAUUUAAGAAAACUGAAGUCUGUCAAACUUGUUCAAAACUCAAAAAUAUAUGCCAAACUUGCCUACUGGAUCUUGAAUAUGGUUUGCCCGUUCAAGUUCGAGACCAUGCACUGGGACUGAUUGACGAUCUUCCCAAAUCAGAUGUAAACAAAGAAUUUUAUACUCAAAAUAUGGAAAGAGAGAUUGCUAAUACAGAUGGAACAGUAGCUGUGGGCUCUGUUGGGAGAAGUCAAGCUGCCAAUGAUUUGCUAAUGAGAAUGGCAAGAACCACACCUUAUUACAAAAGAAAUCAAGCUCAUAUUUGUUCUUUUUGGGUAAAAGGGGAAUGCAAAAGAGGAGAGGAGUGUCCUUAUAGGCAUGAAUCACCCACAGAUCCAGAAGAUCCUCUUUCAGACCAAAACAUUAAGGAUCGUUAUUAUGGAAUUAAUGAUCCAGUUGCAGAUAAAAUGAUGAAAAGGGCUCAAAAUUCUGCUGAUAUAAAUCUGGUAGCCCCAGAAGAUAAAACCAUAACUACUUUAUAUGUAGGUGGUCUCACCGAGGAAAUAGAAGAACAAGAUUUAAGAGAUCAUUUUUAUCAAUUUGGAGAGAUAAGAUCGAUACACAUUGCAUCAAAACAGAGUUGUGCGUUUGUUCAGUUCACAAAAAGAUCAGAUGCUACAUCAGCUGCUGAAAAAAGUGUUGGAAAACUUAUUAUCAAAGGAAAAAGAUUAAACAUUCGUUGGGGAAGAUCACAAGGAUCUGGUAGAUCAGAUUCUGAUAGUAAGCGUGGUAGUGAGGACAAAGAAAAACCGGUUGCUCGUGUUCCUGGAUUACCUGGAGCUUUGCCAAUGCCUGAAGAUGUUUUGAAAGGAGAUGGUGAACGACGGGGCAAGAAACGUCCUCACAAUUUUAACGAACCUCCCCCACCAGGAACUUUUGGUCCACCUGGAAUGAUGCCACCGCCACCUUUCAUGGCUCAAGGUCCCCCACCUUUGAUGGGAAUGCCUCCACCACUUAUGGCACCACCUCUCAUGCGACCAGGACCUGGUCCAGGAUUUAUGGGACCUCCAAACAUGAACCAACAAAGACCACAGGCAUAUUAUCCAUCGCAAAAUCCUCAAAGACUUGGCAAAAAUCCAUGAAGAUUUCACAA